UGUACAGUCAGUCAGUCAGUAAGUCAGUGAUGGCGGCGCUGUGUGUUUGUUCGGCUCGGCAGGGCGCUGCGGCUCUCCGCUCCUCCACCGGCCUCCUGGCCUUGCGGUAUGUGCAGACCGCUGCGGCUCCGGCCGUCCAGCCGCAGAUUAAGAAGUUCCAGAUUUACCGCUGGGACCCAGAUAGACCCGGAGACAAACCCCACAUGCAGACCUAUGAGGUCGACCUCAACACCUGUGGGCCGAUGGUGCUGGACGCUCUGAUUAAAAUCAAGAAUGAAAUGGACUCGACCCUCACCUUCAGACGCUCCUGCAGAGAAGGUAUCUGUGGUUCGUGUGCGAUGAACAUUAACGGUGGGAACACGCUGGCCUGUCUGAACAGAAUUGACACCAACCUCAGCAAAGCGACCAAGAUUUACCCGCUUCCACACAUGUACGUGGUAAAAGACCUGGUACCGGACAUGAGUAACUUCUAUGCGCAGUACAGAGCCAUCGAGCCCUACCUGAAGAAGAAGGAUGAGAGUAAGCAGGGGAAGGAGCAGUACCUGCAGAGCGUAGAGGACCGACAGAAACUGGACGGUCUGUACGAGUGCAUCCUGUGUGCGUGCUGCAGUACCAGCUGCCCGAGCUACUGGUGGAACGGCGACAAAUACCUGGGACCUGCCGUCCUCAUGCAGGCGUAUCGGUGGAUGAUCGACUCUCGUGAUGAGUACACAGAGGAGAGGCUGGCCAAGCUGCAGGACCCGUUCUCUCUGUACCGCUGUCACACCAUCAUGAACUGCACCAGGACCUGCCCAAAGGGCCUGAACCCGGGGAAGGCCAUAGCGGAGAUAAAGAAGAUGAUGGCCAUGUAUAAGGAGAAGAAAGCGGCCACCGCGUGAUCCGAGCUCCGCCUAAAGCCCUCCAUAGCAAGUCAAUAGCAACAGUAUCAACAUACAAUGGUUAAGAUACUCAGAGAAAUCUGACCAGCUUCCUCACACUGACCUCCAUCAGCCACUCGCACCCUGCACAGCCUCACAUCACUCCAUUUUCAGCAGACUGACCGGCGCGUCUAUAAGAGAAGUUACAGAAAGACUUUAAUUUAACUGAUACUGCAUUCCUUCUUUAUUGUCUGUUAUAUAGUCCAGGUGUAUAUACACAGGUGUGUACAGGUGUGUGUGCGCGCGUGUGUGUGGGUGUAGUGUGGUGCGGUCAGAGACGUUUGAAGUAUGUUACAUCUUAAAGUCUUCUCUUGUAUCCACAGCAGAUUUUUGUGUAAUAAAUUAAUGCAUGACAUCCA